AUGGAGGAUUGGAUGGGAAGGUUGUCUGGCACUUUUUUCGCCAAAGCAUGGGGCGGCGGCGGCGGCGGGGGGGCCGACGCGGUGCUGGGCCUUGCCGCCGCCGGCCCCUCGGUGUCGCUAUGCUACCACCAGGCGUUCGGCCCCCACGACGAUAUCGUCCUCGUCGAGGCCGCCGACGACCUCCUCCCUGACCUUCUACAAGGCCGGGUGACUAUACGGGGGCGUCCUGAUGAAGAAGCUGUCCUCUGCACACCUUCUGCAACAUAUUCCAUGAAGUUUGUUGGCACAUCCAAUUCUAUGUUCCUUAUACCACCUGGGAAACCAUCUGCUCCAUGUUUAAGACCUGAUAAUACCAAUGGCAAUGCUAAUGCAGCUGAUGCAGUGGCUGCUACCAUUAAAGUAGCACCUGGGAGCAUUGAAUUGGUUCGAACUGCUCCACGACUUGACAAACUGAGGAGCCUUCUCCGUGAGAGGCCCUACGUACUUGAUGAGGAUCUUGGAGUUGGCUUCCAGCAUAAGAAGGGGCUGUACACAUGGCAAGACCUCUGCAAGCUUAUCCAGGCCAGUGAUGGUGAGCUGUUAGAGGGGCUGGAUACCCUCUCGGCUGUUGAGAUUGAUGGAUUCUGGAGGACAGUCGAUGCCAAUUCUGUGAACACAAUUCUUGACAUGAUCCUGCACAACUCCGUGUUGCACGACUGGCCGUUAAAUGCAAUGCAGGAGAAUGAUGUGCUAUCUGUCAUGGAAUCUGAUGGUUUUGUGCGUAAGAUUGUAACCCAUUGCCUCAAAAGAUUUGGCACAAAGGUUGAGCAGGAAGCCGGAAGUUUUUGGAGCCUCGAUGAGAAGCGUGUAUGCUUACAAUUUGCUCGGAGAGUGCUUGGUGCUGGAAAGAUGAAGUUUGCCAACUUUAUGGACAAAUGGGAGAAAAGCAUUCCUUCAGAAAUGUGUGCAGAUCUUCAGAUGCUAGAAGGGGAGGUGCUGUGUGAAAAACGUGGGGCUGAGACCUGGGUGCAUGCGUUCAGUGUUGCUGAUCUGCCACUGACACCUGCUGAGAGAUUUGCAGCACUUUUCCGCGAGCGACCAAAGUGGGAAUGGAAAGAUCUGGAGCCUUACAUCAGGGACUUGCGCGUACCCGGUGUCUCUUCAGAAGGAUUGCUCAUCAAGUAUACCAGAAGAACCCAACCAAGCUCUGAAGCUGAACCAAUUUUUACUGCAAGAUAAUCAGUCGAGCCUUCUAAAGCCAUGCUUUGCUCCAGACACAUCCUUGUUGGUGUUAGUGGUGUUACUGAAUUCAAACAUGUUAGAUAUUGUCAAUGACACCCAAUCUCCUGUUAAAUACAGAUCUGAUUGUCCCGGUUGCAGUACGAGCAAUUGGCUCAUCUAAGUCAGAUAUUAGUUUCUAUCAGUGAUCCAAUAUCUGAAGAGCCUAUCAUCUGAAAGAACUCUGCGCCUUCUGCUGUAACCUUUGGUAAACAAAAGCUGAAAUGCAUGCAGCUACUUGGCUGGCUGUUGUCUUGUGGAUCU